AUAAAAAUCCCCCCAAAAGGGAUCCCGCUUUUAGAGUUGUUUGAAAAAAAGAUGCAUGAAGAGCCAAGUGCUGAUAUUCUGGCCAAGUUACGAGCUUCUGAGAGCAAGAGCCUGAAAGGACGACUGUUAACCCCCUCCUCUCGGGAGCAGUGAGCUGGGUCGCUGCUGGCUGGCGCUGCCUGCAAAGCUCAUCGCCCCUCGGAGUGAGCGGCCAGCCUGAGGGGACUGCAGACAUCUGCAGCAAAAACGAUGACGGUCUGAAACAGGCGCCAGCGCCAGCCUCCAGCUUCGGCUGUCACCUCAGACCUGACUACUUGAUAGAGCUGCAGUAUUUCAGCUCCGACAGAUUUGAAUGUGUUUCUGGGCAGAGAAGCAAAGCUAACGAGGGAAGAGAUCCAAAGACAUUGGGUAUUUAUCAAACUUCUAUUUCCUGACUGUGUGCAAAGAGGAAACUCAACUUCAAUUUUCUGUCAAGGCACCGGGUCCAGCCACCUACCUGAAGGUAUGAAGACUGUGCUUUUUCUCCUAUCCAUUGUGGGAACCACAGCUGCAGUCCCGACAAAUGCAAGGUUCCUGUCUGAUCAUUCCAAACCAACUGCUGAUUCCCUGAGUUCCAUCCAGCAGGCUGAAGUGUUAGUAACAUCAGACACCACUGCAGUCCCUGUUGUCAGGGCUGAAGAUGCAGAAAAGGAAAAGGAAACAGUAGUAUCUGUAGAAGACCAUCCCAAUCAUAAGGCUGAAAAAUCUUCAAUACUGAAGUCAAAGGAGGAAAAUCAUGACCAGUCAGCAGAUCAGGACCAGAGUUACACCCAAGAGCAGGGAUUACAGGAUCAAGAAGAAAGUGAAAGUGACUUAAGUGAGAACUUGGCGUAUACACCACCUGCAGGUACAUCGGACCUAAGAGAAGAUAUGAGUGAGCCUCAAAAGAAAAAGCUUCCAGAGAACAUUGAUUUCCUUGCUCCUGAUGUUAGUUCCACUAUACAUUCUACCCAACAAGAAAGCAUCACAAAGACAGAGAAAAACCAAGAACAACCUAUAAAUGAUUCACAUCCUCAGUUGAGCCAGAGCAGCAAACAUAGCCAAGACCUAAAGGAUCAAGAAAACCAAGAGCUGGAUGCAAAUAUUCCCAAUGGAGAAGAGGAAGAGGAAAAAGAGCCAGGUGACAUUGGUACCCACAGUGAUAGCCAAGAAAAGGAGAGAGAAUUUCCCAAGGAGCAUUCUAACAGCAACCAGGAGGAAGAUAGUACCAAAUCUGAUGAUAUUUUGGAAGAGUUCAAUCAACCAACUCAAGUAAGCAAGAUGCAGAAAGAUGAAUUUGAGCAGAGUAACCAAGAACAAGAAGAGGAUAACUCCAAUGCAGAAAUGGAAGAGGAAACUGCAUCAAAAAUCAGUAAGCACAAUCAAGAUACUGAAUGGCAGAACCAAAAGGGAAAACCUGACCUUGAAGUUAUCAGGAACCACAAGGAGAUGGUUAAAAAGGCCAUUUCUGAGGCUUUGCUUGUGGAACCUACUGAUGAUGGUGACAUCAUGCCCGGUCAUGACAUGGCUGGUGAUGAUGGCGAUGAUGACCCCAGACACAAUGCAAGUGAUGCUGACUACUUCUCCACAGGGGAGGCCUUCAGAGAGGCUGAAAGAGCUCAGACCAUUUCCUACCACCUCAAAUAUGAGGAGGAAAGAGAAAGAACACGUCAGAAUGAGAAUGCAGAAGCCACUGAACAUGGAGACUACCAAGGGGCCAAGAAAGCAGAGAGCUCACUGAAUGAAGAUGAAAGUUCAAGUGAAGGCAACAUGAAGGUACACAGCACUGGUGAGCAUGGACAAGAUUCUUGCCUGCACUUCCAGUGUAAAAGAGGACACAUGUGUAAGGCUGACCAACAGGGAAAACCCCACUGUGUUUGCCAAGAUCCAGUGACCUGUCCUCCUACAAAGCUCCUUGACCAAGUUUGUGGCACUGACAAUCAAACCUAUGCUAGCUCCUGUCACCUGUUUGCCACUAAAUGCAAACUGGAGGGCACAAAAAAGGGGCACCAACUGCAGCUGGAUUAUUUUGGAGCCUGCAAAUCUAUUCCUGUUUGCACGGACUUUGAAGUGACUCAGUUUCCUUUAAGGAUGAGAGACUGGCUCAAGAAUAUCCUCAUACAGCUUUAUGAACCUAACCCUGAACACCCUGGGCAUCUAAAUGAGAAGCAGAGAAAUAAAGUCAAGAAAAUUUACCUGGAUGAAAAGAGGCUGUUGGCUGGGAACCAUUCCAUUGACCUUCUGUUAAGGGACUUCAAGAAGAACUACCACAUGUAUGUGUAUCCUGUGCACUGGCAGUUUAGUGAACUGGACCAACAUCCAAUGGACAGAGCCUUGACACAUUCCGAGCUCGCUCCCUUGCGAGCCUCUCUGGUGCCCAUGGAACACUGCAUCACUCGCUUCUUUGAGGAAUGUGACCCCAACAAGGACAAGCACAUCACUCUGAAGGAGUGGGGCCACUGCUUUGGAAUUAAAGAAGAAGACGUAGAUGAAAAUCUCCUGUUUUGAAUUAAGAUUUGAAAGAACUCAAAUGUUUCGCCAUCUUCUCUGUUAUGACCACUUCUGAAAUAUAUGCAGCAUGAUACUCGUAGAUUUCUAUUUAGCAAAAUGUUUGCAUGUCCAAGAAGAUAAUGAGAAUAAUUACUUGGUAACAGCGUGUGCAUCAAGCAUUUAACAUUAACUUUGGAAAUAAAACUUUAAAAUCAAUAUGCAAAAUACUGUAUGCUGUUUGUGAACAGAAGUUUAACCCACCACUCUCUUCAUCCAUUUAUGAUACUAAUUAUAAAGCUUGAAAAAUUAUACAGUCAUUUGUCCAUAAGAUCAUCUGCAUUUCAAGAAAAUGAAUAAUGCUCUUUUACUGUUAAUGUCUAUCAUUUUCAAUAUCUUAAUAUCCUAAUAAAACUCCAUAAAAAUCCAAA